AUGUACUCAGAGGCACUUCUUCAAUUGGAUCGAGCAUGGAAUGACGUUGAUCAAGAUGACCUAGAGUUUAGUACCAUGGAAAAACAAGUCCCACCAACCUUUGAAGGGAAGGCUGAUCCAAUGGUGGCAGAGGAUUGGUUAAGAUCGGUCGAUGCCAUCUUUGAUCAUAUGGAGUUGAAUGAUCGUCAGAGUGUCUCCUGUACAUUCUAUUUACUAAAAAUGGAUGCACGAAUCUGGUGGGAUGUAAUUAAACAGUCCUGUGACUUGAAUACCAUGACUUGGGCAGAAUUUUUCCAGGCUUUUAGCAAGAAGUAUUGCAGUGCGGCUGUGCUAGCAACCAAGGUUGACGAGUUUGUAACUCUGGUACAAGGAAACCUAUCUGUCACUGAUUAUGCACAUAAGUUCGAUAAGUUGGAAAAAUUUGCUCCUACUGUGCCAACUGAAACUUUGCGAGUCCAAAGUGAUGAAGUGGUCAGUUACGCAAAAGUACUUGAUAGAGCACUUGAAGCCGAAUAUUUGGAAGAACGGAUAUGGAAGGAUAAUGUUGCCAGAAGAGAGAACUAUCGAAACAAGGGCUUCAACGAGGGCAACAAAAGGAAGGCUAAUGAAGGGCAAAACAAUGGCACUGAUAAGAGACCCAGACCUCCGGCCACGAAUAACAACAAUCACAACACUCAGAACCAUAACAAUCGCAAUAAUCGCUUCAAUGACCGAAACCGUGGGAAUCACCAAGGCAAUCGAUACAAUGUUGCCGUCGGGAGACAUGAUGUUGUCAAAUAA